AUGUUGCUUCGAGUUCUGAUUCUCUCGAUUUUCUGCUCCAAUUGCUUGAUUCAAGCGGCAGAAACUCCAUGGUAUUAUCCGAUUAUUGAGAUUCUACAGGCGAAAUUGGUUGAUUUUACAUGCUCUCAAGAAUGUACGACUACAAUGGAUUGUGACACUGGUUUGAGUUGUUUCCAUGCUACGACCUACUCCAAAGGAUGCUGUUUGAUGGCUCUGAAACCGAACGAAACCGGAUGUAUGAUUGAAGAUCAAUGCAAACAAGCAUGUGAAAGUACAAUCUGUGAUAGAUCUCAAUUUCCAUCUCGAUGUCUUUGUGAGAAAGGACGUCAUUUUCUUUUCAAUAAAUGCUGGAAGAAAUGCCCAGAUUUCGCCCACCCAGAACCAAUAAUUGAUGACCGUGGAUUCAGUCGAUGCGAACUGAAAACUGAUUUGAAUACAGCAGUCCAAUACAUGCGCCGAAACAAAAGACAAAUGAGAAACAACUUUUGUUAA